ACACGGCAGACCAACGCGAGAAGGCACGCUGCAGGCGAACGUUAACAGUGGGCAGCAGUGCAGGCUUGGAGGAUUCGAAUUAACACCCGAGACCAUACUGGCGGCCUAUUUCACAAACUAUAUCGAAUACCAGGACUCCAGUUGCGAUUCACGAUGGCAUUGGCAGCGCCGGCGUCGAGGAUGGCCGGCUCCGGCUCGUUCCUGCCAAGGCUCCUACCUCCCACAUUGCUCUCGACAAUAAGGCAACAGAUACAUGUCCGCCAAUUCUCGCUACCUCUUUUCCCAUCGAUCGUUCUCGCCAUUCCAGUCGGCUUCCAGCUCGGACUUCCGUCAAUACCGUCACUGCUUGGGGAUAUCUGGGAGUCGAUCCUCAAAGCAGUGCCCAAGAAGAAGACGUCACACAUGAAGAAGAGGCAUAGGCAGAUGGCGGGCAAGGCUCUCAAGGACGUCAACUCGCUGUGCAAAUGCCCGGCCUGCGGGGAGACAAAACGGAUGCAUUACUUAUGUCCACACUGCGCAACAAAAUUGAGGAAUAUGAUGAACCGGGAGGCCGGAGGUACCAGUGCUUGACGACGACCACUUGAAGUGCUAGCGGAUGCGACGACUAUCCUGGGCCAAGCCGAGUUGGCGAAAAGGGCGAACUGGGAUAGGAAGCAUCUUGCAUUCAAUCCAUAGACUCACAUUGCCGGAUGAAGGGGCAUGAGAGAUGUACACCCCUGUAGAAUUAUCAGCUGUGUCCAUACAGAUGUACAAGUAUUGUACCUAGGUAUUUUGGCUGCGGCAACAAUUAAAAUGCCACACUCAAUGGAUACUCGCAACAGUCCAUCGAAAUCUGGGUAGUCUGUUUGAUGGUAUGGCAAUUUUAAG